AUGGUCUGGAUUGCAACUUACCCAUGGAUGCGGAUCGAUCAAUCGCAAAUGCUCGAUCCUGGACCCAGAAAGACUACACAUGCAGUGCUCCAGGGCGAGAUUGGCAGUUCUCGACCUGUCAGCUUGAAAGACGGCGCGUCGGGCAAGACACGUCGGAAUAUUUUAGUGAAAAAGGGCGCCAGUCCUAAGCCAGCCACCAGAACCUUAACACUGAUAGCAUGUCAAAGCGGUGUUAUACGUUGCUUAUAUGGACGGAAUAUACCCAUUACUUGCGAAGAUCGUCAGUCUUACCACUCGUUUCUUCCAGGAAAAACCAUUGUCUCGCCGUUAUGGCAGGCAGGCCUCAAAACAGUCAUCAAGGCACUGUUGAAACCAAUACAGAAAGAAGUCGGUGUGACAAAGAUGGCAUUGGACAAUGUCAUCAAAAUCGCGGAUGUCGACUUUGAGUUUAUCGUCAUUUGCGCCGCCAGGGCAGAGCACGAACGGAAGGUGUCCGAGAGGACGUCACAUCAGAACGAGAAAUCAGAAGAGAAGAAAGCAUCACAACAGAGCGACCGGGCAGGAGGGAGCCCAGAAGGGAUAUAA